AUGUUCCCACUUGGUGUUUGUAAUUUUAACAAUAAAUAUUGUGGUUGUCAAACUUAUAAAGAAGAUGAGAAUAAUCCAGAGAAAUGUUAUUAUUGCCAUCAUUAUAAUGCGUUUCAUACCGGGUUUUCUCCUGCACCUCACAAUACUUCAACGCCAUUAUUAGAAGCUUGUCAAAAAGAUGGAGUUUCCUGUGAAUGUCAAGCUUUUUUGGCUAAUCCUAAUAACGAAUUGAAAUGCAAAUAUUGUGAUCAUUUUACUGCAUUUCACAAGAAUACCUCACCAAGUAUCGUUCCUGGCUCGAUUAAUAUUGAAAGUAAUUUGCCAUCAUACAUAUUAACAUCAAGUAUUAAUAAUUCCGAAGAUUCUAGGUUAAGAGAAGAAGCCAUUAAAAAUAGACAUAUGCCGAUUACUAAAAAGAGGAAAAGAAAUCAGUCAAAAUUUCAGAAUCACAAUUCACCUAGUUUCGGUUACAAGUAUAGUAUAGUUGCUUCUAGAAGUCGACCUGCUAACGUUUCACUUUAUCUUAAUCACAUAUUAUUGUUUACACAAAGAAGUUGGGAAAAUAAUUCAGCUCCAAGAGAAAAUACUUCAGUUUGGGUUGAAAUGAGGGAUAAUGGAUUCAUUAUAGAAAAUGUAUUAUUUAAUGAAAAUACUUCUGAAGCUAUUAAUGAUUUAAUUACCCGUUCUUUUCCUUCCGUUAAUGAAGAUAAUUGGAUUUUAUUAAAUGCUGUUUCUGCAAGUAAAUUAAAAAUUGCUACCUGUCAGGAAAAAUCUUUAAAGAAUUUUAGAGAAAAUAUGUCAAAAAGCAACAAAAGAUUAUACCUUACUCUGACUUCAGAUAAAUCUAGUGAAGCAGAAGCGGAUAAUAAUCAAGAUGAAUAUUCUGAAAUUAAAAGCGAAAACACUGAUUGA